AUGCCUCCUCUGUCCGCAUAUACUCCGUUUGAGUCUUUGCUCUUCUUCCAAUCCCUUGCGACCUCCGAUGCGCGCCCGGCCAGUUUCGCCUCGAUCUCGACACUGUUGAGCAAUAAUCCUCUCGUGCGCCAGAGUGGGGCUUUCAGCGCCGAUCGCCUCAGCCCAGAGGCUCUAGAGGAUCUCUACGCGACGCUCUUACGCGACGGCUUCGAUCGCGACAGCGCAUCCCUUGGCCAAAAUGGACAGUCCACAGAAGGGUCUGGGUCAAGUAAUCCAAAGAAACGCAAGAUCGCCAGCCCGCGACCAGACGGGCUGUCGGACGGACGCUCCCAUGCAGUUCUGGUCCCAGAACUCGUGGCGCACCUCUAUGCGCGGUAUAAAGAGCUUGUGACGAAGGAGAUUAAAGAGGACGAGAAGCGAUACACCGAGAUUAAGGUUGAAAUCGAGCGUCUUCAGAGGGAGGAUGUCAAGUCCGCAGUACCCACGGCGGAGGGAGUCGGCGCGCCCCAAGCCCCAAAGCUUGAGCGUCGCGAAUCCAUCGAUUUUGAAGUCAAGCCAGAAACCCCCCAACAGGAACCUCCGACUCAAAUAAUCCCACCCGCGAACCAAACUCAAACGGUCCCGCCCGUCACUCAGGGAGCCCGGCCAGAAUCAAGUCAGCUCAAAGAAGCCCCUGGUCCACCUGCGCCUGCCGGUUUGCCUGGCGCUCAACCAACUCAGCCUCCAGUCCAGCCCACCCCAGCUAAGGCUGGUCCUCCAGUACACCCGCAGACGGUUCCUCGCCAGGAUGUGCCUCAUCCUCCAUCUCAGCCAUCACUUGCGCCACGAACCCAACAGCCAGGUCCGUCAACUCCUGUGGCAGCUCGAGCGGCACCACCACAUCCCUCGCAGGUUGCGCCACGACCUAAUGUUCCGGUGGCCACACCCAUCGCCCCGGGCAAAGCUGCCAUCCCCUUGUCUACCUCUCAACAACCUACUCCGACUCAGUCAAGCUUCCAGCAAUGGCAGCUUGAGGCACCCCCACACUCGCCUUACUCCGCAGCCUCUCCCGCGACCGCCGUCCCCCAUGUUAGCACCACAAAACCGCAUGUUCCACCCUCACAGGCUCCUUCGAAGGUCCAACCCAAGGGUUCCCUCUCUUCGGCCAUUCCAAGCACUCCCGGUGCUCCAAGUCCGGCAGUUCAGACCCCGGUGCCCGUUGGGUAUCCACGCAUCUCACAGACACCGAGUGUUAUAAUUCCAGCCUAUUCCGAGUCUCGUGGAUCACGUCCUCGAUUGUCUAUCGAUACGCCCGGAUCUUCUACGCCAUGGAAGAGAACUCCACGUUUGAGCAUCCCUGAGUCACCGACAUCCCCUCCACGUCCACGGCCAGAAGAUGUGAGUCCGAUCAGUGAACGAGCACCUUCUCCCGAUGCUAUGGAUAUUUCACCACCUCGAGAGAGGAAACCCACUCGCCGCACCCAGGUAACUGCAGUGGAGACCAAGGCCACGCCGAGCAUCAAGAUUGAGAAAGGCGCUACUACUCGGAGGAAACGUGCUAUCAGUUCGGCUUCAACACAGAGCCGGGGUCGCUCAAUAGUUUCGAGGGAGGAAUCGCCCGAACCUUCCAGGUCUGCCACCCGCCGAAAGGGACCUGCCGCAAUCAUAGAUGAUCAGACUCCGAAGGGACGAUCCAAACGCAAGCGUGGUAUCAGCGAGUCCCUCGAUCAAGAGCCCAUUAUUCCAGAGCAACCCAAGAUCGAUACCACCAAGUAUGUGCUCUGCGCACGAGGUUUCCAUCGAACGGCAGCUCCUAUAAUGAACGACGUAACGACCCACAAGCUUGCAUCGAUCUUUGCCAAGCCAUUAGGCGAACGUGAUGCACCAGGCUAUCACGAUCUCAUCUACCGUCCCCAGGAUCUCAAGUCCAUCAAAUCCGCAGUCCACCAAGGCAGCAAAGCCGUUGCUGCUGCAACCGAGGCCGUUAGCACUCCAGCGGGCGACGGCGAAUCGCCAGUACCAGCUGCAGGUACACCGUCUAAGAAUAACAUGCUCAUGCUUCAGAAGACCGAAGACCUUAUUCCUCCAAAGGGUAUCGUGAAUUCCGCCCAGCUGGAGAAGGAACUCAUCCGCAUGUUCGCCAACGCAAUCAUGUUCAAUCCCGUCCCAGCCAGAGGCUUCGGUCCAGCCUUCCCAAUGAUGAACGAGCGCGGUUCCCGCGAGAGCACACAGUCCGGUGAAGGCGACGAAGGCGGCAUCAUCCAAGACUCGCUGGAGAUGUACGAGGACGUCGAACAGGCCGUGACCCACUGGCGUCAAGCGGAACGUACCGCUGAGCGCAAUGCUGAUGAUUUAGCCAAUAAGAACGUGCUCGCGUUGCGGCGUGGCAGCGUUAGUGACUUUAACACUGACAGUGCUGACGAUGUUAAGGGGUGA